AAUGUUGGAAGGACUCAGAGAACUACACAUGGAGCACAGGGUGCUACUGACUGGUACUCCUCUUCAGAACAGUGUGGAUGAAUUGUUUAGUUUGUUGAAUUUCCUGGAGCCGUCACAGUUCCCCUCAUUACAGUUAUUCCUCCAGCAGUUUGGGGAUCUUAAAACUGAAGAACAAGUUGAAGAAUUACAAAGUGUUCUCAAGCCAAUGAUGCUUAGAAGACUCAAGGAAGACGUUGAGAAGAGUUUAGCACCAAAAGAAGAGACUAUCAUUGAGGUAAACACUUAUUUACAG